CGCUCGUGCCGCUCGGUUGUCCGCUGCUCGGUUGUCCGCGAUGGCCGCUUCGAAGCCCGUGGAGCCGCAGUCUGGGGGCGGCCUGCCCCGCUGGCAGCUCGCGCUGCUGCUCGGGGCGCCGGUGGCGCUCGGGCUCGGCGCCGCGUACCUGUGGCAGCGCAGCCGCGCCAAGGAGAAGCGCGCGGGGGAGCGGAAAACGCCGGAAGGCAGCGCGAGCCCCGUGCAGGGCCAGCGCGCGGCGACGCAGCCAGAGCACGAGGACAUGAGCCCUCUGGAUAGAGCCCAGGGUGCUAAGAACAAGGGCAACAAAUACUUCAAGGCUGGCAAAUAUGAGCAGGCCAUCCAGUGCUACACAGAGGCUAUCAGCCUGUGCCCCAAAGAGCAAAAGAGUGACCUGUCCACCUUCUACCAGAACAGAGCAGCAGCAUAUGAGCAGCAGGCGAAGUGGACAGAAGUGGUGCAGGACUGCUCUCAGGCUGUUGAGAUGAACCCACGCUAUGUCAAAGCCCUGUUUAGGCGUGCCAAAGCCUUGGAAAAACUGGACAAGAAGAAGGAGUGUCUAGAAGAUGUGACGGCUGUAUGUAUUCUUGAGGCCUUCCAGAACCAGCAAAGCAUGCUACUGGCAGACAAGGUUUUGAAACAGCUGGGAAAAGAGAAGGCCAAAGAAAAAUACAAGAACCGGGAACCUCUCAUGCCAUCUCCACAGUUCAUCAAGUCCUACUUCAGCUCCUUCACUGAUGACAUCAUCUCACAACCAUUGCAGAAGGGAGAGAAGAAGGAUGAGGACAAGGAUAAAGAGGGCGAGGCUGCUGAGGUCACAGAGAGCUCGGGCUAUCUGAAGGCUAAGCAGUACAUGGAGGAAGAGAACUAUGAUAAGAUCAUCAGCGAGUGCACUAAGGAGAUUGAGUCUAAGGGCAGGCACACAGCUGAGGCGCUGCUGCUGAGAGCCACAUUCUACCUGCUCAUCGGGAAUGCCACGGCUGCUCAGCCCGACCUGGAUAAAGUGAUCAACAUGCAGGAUGCCAAUGUCAAGUUGCGGGCUAAUGCUCUGAUCAAACGUGGCAGUAUGUACAUGCAACAGCAGCAACCACAGCUCUCCACUCAAGACUUCAACAUGGCUGCUGAAAUUGACCCCCGCAAUGCAGAUGUCUACCACCACAGAGGACAAUUGAAAAUUCUGCUGGACCAAGUAGAGGAGGCGGUGGCAGAUUUUGAUGAGUGCAUUCUGCUCCGGCCAGAUUCUGCCCUGGCACAGGCACAGAAGUGCUUUGCUCUUUAUAGACAGGCCUACACUGGAAACAACCCAUCCCAAGUGCAGACGGCUAUGGAUGGCUUUGAAGAUGUCAUCAGGAGGUUUCCUAAAUGUGCAGAGGGCUAUGCUCUUUAUGCACAGGCACUGACUGACCAGCAGCAAUUUGGGAAAGCAGAUGAGAUGUAUGACAAGUGUAUUGAACUGGAGCCUGAUAAUGCCACAACAUAUGUCCAUAAAGGGCUGCUGCAGCUCCAGUGGAAGCAGGAUCUGGACAUGGGCUUGGACCUUAUUAGCAAAGCAAUUGAGAUUGACAACAAAUGUGACUUUGCCUACGAAACUAUGGGAACUAUUGAAGUCCAACGAGGCAACCUUGACAAGGCCAUAGACAUGUUCAAUAAGGCCAUCAACUUGGCCAAGUCAGAGAUGGAGAUGGCCCACCUCUACUCACUCUGUGAUGCUGCCUACGCCCAGACUGAGGUGGCCAGGAAAUAUGGGCUCAAGCCCCCAACACUGUAACUUCCCUCCCCAGUCCUUAGUCUUCUGCUGAGCCUGAGUAUAUACAUCCCAAAUCCUCUAAUGUUUGAGUUAUUUGAUUUUGUCUAAAAUUAACUGUCGGAAGCAAGAAAGGUAGACAGAGGAGGGUCUGCAGUCGCGUAAUUAUGUUUACGUAUUUUUUUUUUUUUUUUGAGUAAUGCAGUGAAAAUGAAGUGAGUUGAGGAAAUGAAAGAUGGAGAGAAAUCAGUGAAGACUAGAGUGAGGAAAAAAAUAAUGGCUUUACAGCCUCUGACAAUUUAGCCUGUGGACACCCCAGCCAGGCACUAGGUGUGGCCCAGACUAACACCACCCCUCUUAAAAGCAUGCAAAUAUCACUGCUUUGCUUCCUGCGUUAGUUAUGUGCCCUUUUAUAAAUCCUGAAUGAUUCUCCGAAUUCUGAACGCUGUUCAAUAAAAAUACUAUCAGUAAAUUGAAAUUAAUUCACUUGAUAGCUUUAAUGGUUGAUGUUUGUUUUUUGUUUUUUUUUCAUAUGGGGGACACUAAAAUUUGAAUAUGUCUAUGUGCACACUUGGAAGAAUUAUGUUGAGUUGAUUUUGGAGUUUUGGUUUGUUGCUGUGAUGUUAUGACUGUUUGGAUGUUCUCUACAGUUCUGCCAGUGUCAUCAUAGAAUUAGAUACACAUUGUUUUAUGGCAGGAUAAAGUCUUUUAGUUGAGACAUGUAGGCUGUGUAUUACAAGUUUGUCAGUGUGUCACUGCCAUUAUUGACACAUUUUAUGUCUAAAAGGGGAAAUGUAUCACGUGAAAGAGAAUUUGGGCCAUACAUUGAUUUAACUUUUGUUGUCUGUUUGAUUUUCUUUUCCUUUUCCUUUUUUUUUUUUUUUUUUUUUUUUAAUUUGGGAACCAUGUGGGUUUUUUUCCUUUUUUUAUAUUCUGUACAGCACGAGUGAGAUUUCUCUUUCUAAAUAAAUGUUAAGACUCUCCUCUUGUUAUCCUACUCUAGUAAUGCAAUCCAGCUUGUUGGUUUCUUAAAGUGAGCGCCUUAAAUCACUUUUAGACUUUCGUUUUAGAUCAGCACUUUUUCAGUCAUGUGACUUUAUAUAUUUUCUGUCAGAAGGGGAGCAACUAAUCUAUUUUCAUCAGAGCACUAUGAAUACAACCAAAUGAUUAGGCCACCCCCCACCCCAACUGAUGUACUAAAGUGUUAAAAACAUUUAUGAAGAUGUAAUAACAAAUUUUCAAGCACGAAAAUGUGUGUUCGCCAUUUUGCUUGUUAUAUUUCAGUGAAAUUAGUUUUUUAUUGUAAAAUAAAUUUAUUUGGAGGAUGUUUCUUCCUGUUUGGGGAAUGGUUGAUGCAGUAUCCUGUCCUUGUCAGCUGGAUUAUUUUUCACUCACAGCAAAUAACAAAACGCUUCAGUAUCAGAACCAGUAGUUUGCGUGUAUGUUGUAUUUGUAAAGCUGCUCUGUUGUCAUGCAGAUGCUUGAACACUAGAGCCUUAUCUCAAGCUGGAUGUGAGACGUCCACAAACUACAUGUAGCAGCACACGUUUACAAUGUCAAGGGCUUUCACACAUUCUUAUGGCUGUAACGUGUUCUAGAUAUACCUCUUGUUUUAUGGUUGUUGGUCCACCACUUUAAAAUAUUUUACAGGUUUGGUUGUUACUCAGUGUUGGGGAGUAAAUGAGUUAAGUAACCGUGACUUUUUUUUUCAUAGUUUUCAAAGCAAUUAAUUUGUAGCUUAUUAAUAUAGUAGUUUGAGCAAAGCUACAUCGUUCACGUGUCUAACUGGAAGGGUCAGUGUUCUGAUUUUACUGUUGGCUGUUAAACAUCAGGGGCCUACCGUCCACCUCAAUGGUGGGGAAUGGUUCCCUUUACUGCCAAAACUCUCCCAACAGAGAGCCUUCCAGAUCCCAUUUGCUGUCAAUACUAAAAGGUUAACAGGAGAAAUAAAAAGGCACAUUCAUCUGAA